AUGGCUCACCCAACCACCACCACCGCCCUCGCCACGGCCUACCCGUGGACGAAGUCCCCCAUCAUUGCCUCUGCUCCUAUGCUUCGCAUCGCGCUUGCCCCCCUUGCAGUUGCUGUCUCUCGGGCGGGCGGCUUCGGCUUCCUUGCGGCCGGCUUCGACAUGCAGGAGCUCGCAAAUACCUUUGAGCAUGCUGCCACCCUCGUCCGCCAACACCAGACCACUGCCGACACCCCCUUCACCGGCAUUGAUGCCGACGUCCUCCCCGUAGGCGUUGGCUUUCUCAACUGGGGCGCAGACAUCGACCAGGCUAUCCCCCUGAUCCGCAAAUACCGCCCCGCAGCGGUAUGGCUCUUCGCUGCAGCCCACCCAGCCGAUGCGUUGUAUAUGAAGUGGGCCGAACAGGUCCGCUCCGCUACCAACGGCAAGACCAAAAUCUGGGUGCAAGUCGGCACCGUGAGAGACGCCAUGUCCACCGCAACCUCCAUCCGCCCGGACAUGCUGGUCAUCCAGGGCUCGGAUGCCGGCGGCCACGGCCUCAAAGACUCGGCGAGCAUCAUCUCCCUCCUUCCCGAAGUCAGAGACGCACUGGAUGCCGCAGGUUUUGGCUCUAUGCCGCUCCUGGCGGCGGGCGGGAUUAUGGACGGGCGCGGCACCGCCGCGGCGACAUGCCUAGGUGCUGACGGAGUUGUUAUGGGUACGCGGUUUCUUGCGUGCGAGGAGGCGAAUGUGUCACCGGGCUACCAGAACGUGGUCCUGCAGGCCCAUGAUGGCGGGCUGGCGACGACCCGCACGACGGUGUAUGAUCGGGUACGCGGUUAUAAUAGGUGGCCGGUGGAGUAUGAUGGGCGUGGAGUGAAGAACCAGACCUACUACGAUGCGGAGAAAGGUAUGUCAGAUGAGGAGAAUAAGAGAUUGUAUGAGAUCGAGAUGAAGAAAGGGGAUGAGGGGUGGGGUCCCACGGGCCGCAUGACGACGUAUGCUGGGACGGGGGUAGGCUUGGUGAAUCAUGUUACGUCCGCGGAAAAGAUUAUAAAUGAGGUCCUAGACCAAGUAGGGAAGAUACUCCGUACAGUAUAG